AACCGGUAAUUAGAUAAGGCAUUUGAAGCAACUACGUUCGAAAGUGCGGAAAUAUUCUCAGUACGAUAUUUGUUAGUGUGAAUUGACAUUAAAGAUAGUUAUACAAUGUCGCUAAUACCGAUGUUGUUUUCUGACUGGUGGGAGGAUUUGGAUCAACCACAUCGUCUUUGGGAUCAACAUUUUGGCACAAUGGUAGAUCCAGAUGAUCUCAAUGAUUUGGAUUCUCUCGGUACAGAAGUCCUGCUCUAUCGACCGCAAAGACGCGCCAAAAGACGGUAUCAUCCUUUCUUAAGGAGCUUGACCAGACGAUAUGGACGUGGAACGUCAACUGUGCAAGCUGAUAAAGAUAAAUUUCAAGUAACAUUAGACGUAUCACAAUUUAAACCAGAAGAAAUUAACGUUAAAGUGGCAGAUGAGAAAGUCAUUGUCGAAGCAAAUCAUGAAGAGAGGGAGGACGAACAUGGCUGGGUGUCCAGACAUUUUGUCAGAAAAUAUAUUAUACCGUCGCAAUGUGAUGUCAGCAAAGUGGAAUCACGUUUAUCUUCCGAUGGUAUUUUAUGUAUUACGGCACCUAGAAAGGAGACUUUGAAACUUCCUUCGAACGAAAAAGUAAUAAAAAUACAAUAUACCGGUGAACCAGCUUUGGCUAAUUCUGACGAGAAGCUAAAGGAUGAUAAUACUCCAGCCUCGCAGAAAGAACAGCAGAGUCCGCAAAAGGGACAACAACAACAACAACCACCACCACCGCAGUCACAUCAACAUCAACGUGUUAGAAAAGGCAUAAUUAAAACUACAUAAAUCAUGUUCAUUAUUCUUCAUUUAAUUAUUCAUUUCAGUUAUUAUAGUUACUAUUAAUGUCAUAAACAUUAAUGCGUAAUAUUUUAAAUAUUAUAUGACAAGCAUUACACAUUGUACUCGAGU